CACUGGUUUUCCCCUCUCGUGACUGAUUUAACCCAACACGCCGUAGAUCUAGAGUGUCAACAGUCUUCAGAGGAAGCUGGGAAAGUGCAGAUGUUUAGAGUUGAUUUAAUCUUCCAACUUUCAAAAGACACCAUUAAAUAUAGGGUUUGGCCGUUUCCCAGUUCCAGAAGCCAGAAAUCCUCAGAGAUUUAUUAUAAGGAACCGGUAUGAACACCACCUCCUUCCCGCAGUCCUCCUCGCCUGGCUCCGGCUCCCUGCCCGUGAGCACCUCAGCCCGAGUCGGCAUUGCCAUCCUGACCGUGGCCUUUGUGCUGGGUUUCCCUGGGAACAUGUUUGUCGUCUGGUCUGUGCUUUGCCGAGUGAAGAAGCGUUCGGUGACGUGUUUGUUGGUGCUGAACCUUGCCCUGGCUGAUGCCUUUGUGCUGCUCAGCGCACCGCUCUUCCUACGGUACCUGGCAAGAAUGGACUGGGAGUUUGGCACGGCGGCGUGCAAACUGGUCCAUUACCUGUCGUCCGUGAAUAUGUAUGUGUCCAUCUACCUCAUCUGUCUGAUGAGCAUGGACCGCUGGCUGGCUGUCACAAGGCCUUUCCUGUCUCAGAGGAUGAGAACCAAGCGUUCCCUGCUGGUUCUCCUGUUGGGGGUGUGGAUGUUGGCGUUCCUCCUGUCAGUGCCGAUGCCUUUCUACCGCAGCAACGUGAAGGUUAUAAAGAACAACUUCACCUUAAGGUUGUGCAUGCCAUACCACUGGCGGAGUGUGGGCCACCGGAGCUUUCAGUACCUGUUUGAGACCAUCAUGGGCUGCCUGGUGCCCUUCUCCCUCAUCAGCACGUGUUACUCCUCCGUCAUCUGCAGACUGCAAAGCGCCAAGUUUCAUCGCAGAGGAAAAGGCAGCCGCCUGAUCCUGAUGAUCAUCUGUGCCUUUGCGUUGUUCUGGCUGCCCUAUCACAUUGUCAACAUCAUCGAGGUGGUGGGCCUCCUAGAAGACAGUGAAUCAGUGACUGGGGCAGCUCUCACAGCCCGACCCAACGUCACAGCCUUCGCUUACUUCAGCAGCGCCGUCAACCCCCUCCUUUAUGUAUUUGCUGGUAGCUCCCACAUCCGCCAGGCCGGGCUGAGCUUCAUGGGCAGACUGUUUGAGGCUACCAACUCAGAGAGCAGGACGUCCUCCGUCACCCGCAGCGGGCGGAGCGGCUCGUCUCCAGACGAGACCUCGGUACUGCAGACGCUGUCCGUUAAACUCGGGAAGCCUUUCAAAGGCAAGGAUAAGGAGAGGAGCUGCAGCGUAGCGGGCAAUGAGACCAACGUGCCAGAGCUCAAGACUCUGGCAACUGUCGAGCAGCUCUAAUAACAAUCAAGCUGUCAAAUAUGGACUACUGUAAUAUGAUUUUUCUGGCUUGCUUUAAGCUUUUUGUUCACGUAGAAAAAAGCUGCCGGUCAUGAAAGAGUUCCAACCAAAGCUAAAGCCCAGAAGAUCGUGUCACACCAUUACAGGAAAUUUCCUUCAUUUGAGCGGGAUUUACAAAUCCGUCUGAAACUCAAAUAUAAAUAACAAUAUUGCAGGGUUUCAUUUUACAAAUGUAAAAAUAACUAUUUUAUAGCUGAGAACAUGAGAAAAAAUACUCAAAAAUGUCCCCUUUAAUUUACACACA